AUGCAGUGGAAUCACGUGAACAUGAUCAAUUAUUACUGUCCCAGUUGGGAGGAUAAUAAUCUAUUAAUGGUGAAUGAUUCUACCAAUUUUUGGAAUGUCUACGAGGUGGACGUUGGGCCAGAGUUUAAGGAGAGGAACGUGUUCCCUGUCGAUCAUGAAAUUGGCUAUCCGCUUUGGCAAUUCGCUGACCGACCUUAUGCCUCUAAUGGAUCCUGUAUUGUGAGU